AAACACUUGCUGUUGAUUUAAGUCUGUGGGUUUGUGAAGCACAGACCGUUAAAAAGAUGGUUGGAGUAGUUACCAAGCCACAUCUGAGGGUUUGAAGUGAAGACUCGGUCAUACUGGCUGAAUUCAAUGUAAUGCUCAGGUGCAAAUAGAAGUUCUUGGGCCCAACCUACCUUGUCUUGAAGCCUCAACUGUAGAUAACGAUGAGAUGGAUAAACCUAUUUUUUCGGUCCUCUUUCUUAACAUCAAUGGGAAUUAAACUAGUGUUUGUCAUGGAAGGAGAGGCCCCCAGGUUGAAAGCAGACACCAUGAGUAAGAGGAAUGAGAUGCGCUAUGGACCUUUGAAGAAAGUUGGAGCUGCAAGAACAGGGAGAUCUUUAUUUAAAGCCAUUUUAAAAGAGUGUCUCGAACUGCUGGAGUGUUUAGGUGUCCCUUGGGUUCAAGCAGCCGGGGAAGCAGAGGCAAUGUGUGCCUACCUAAAUGCAAAAGGACAUGUUGAUGGCUGCAUUACCAAUGAUGGAGAUGUCUUUUUAUAUGGAGCUCAGACAGUUUAUAGGAACUUUGCCAUGAAUGCUAAGGAUCCACAUCUUGACUGUUACACAAUGUCCUGUAUUAAGGAGAAGCUUGGAUGUGACAGAGAGUCUUUGAUUGGGCUAGCUGUUCUUCUGGGUUGUGAUUAUCUUCCAAAGGGCGUUCCAGGAGUUGGGAAGGAACAAGCUUUAAAGUUAAUUGAAACUUUACGAGGUCAAAACUUACUGCAAAGGUUUGAGCAAUGGAAAGAACAAUUUCAGUAUGGUAAUAAUCCACCUUUGGUUGUUAAAAGGGUAAUUCACUGUUCUGAGUGCCAUCAUCCAGGAUCUUACAAGGAACAUGAGCGCAGUGGAUGUAAAUUCUGUGAAAGCACUAGAUACUGCAAACCCAAUGACUCCGAAUACCGCUGUCCUUGUGAAUGGCAUCAGUUAGAGCAAGUGAAACAAGCAAGUGCAGUGGAGGACAAUAUCAGAAAAAAAGCUAACAGUUGUGAGGGCUUUCCGUUCUCUGAGGUUAUCCAAGAAUUUCUCGUAAACAAGAAUAAAUUGAUCAACAUAAAGGAAUGUCAAAGGCCAAAUUUAUUGUCCUUUCAGAUAUUUGCUUCUGAGAAGAUGGAAUGGACUAAACAUUACGCUUGUAAGAAACUGUUAGCACUGUUGACACGUUAUGAUAUGAUCCAGAGAAAAUCUGGAUAUGUUGAUUCAAAACAACUGCAGGCAAUACGGAUAGUCAAGACACGUGUUAAAAACGGAGUUCCUUGUUUUGAAAUUGAGUGGCAAAAACCAGAACAUUAUGUUGAUGCAGAAGAUGAACCUGUGGAGUUGUUUGUAGUCACAAUAGAAGAGGAGUCUUUGUUUCAGGCUGCUUACCCUGAUGUUGUUGCCCUUUAUCAAGUGGAAAAGUCAGAAGUUCUGAAGAAGAAACAGAAAAACAGGAAAGACAGACCAAAAGAAAAGGAAUUAUCAAAUGUUUAUGAUGAAGUUAGCGAUCUUCUGUCUCAAAUGAAUUUAAAAUCUAGAUGUGGAAUUCUUCCCGUGCAAGACUCCACAUCAGAUAUAAAAACUCCCCGAGAAGACCAGAUACACCAGAGAAGUACUGAAUCAAAAGAUCUAGUGUUAGCUUCAGCUUCCUGCAUAACAACUGUUCAAAUGCCAGCAUCAGCAGCUGCUCUUCCUCUGACGACAUCUUACUCACUUUUACAGAGUAUGUUGGCUGACUCAUCUGUGUCGCCAGCACAAUUUACUAAAGAUUCUGGGAUAUCAUCCUCUUCCUCUGUAACAGCUCGUCUACAACUGAGCAGUAUUGACUGGGAAGGAACCUUCUUCAGUGUUUCACCGGCCCAUGGGGGUGAUACCCAUGAUCCAGCAGCUGACUUAACUACAUGCAUAAAACAGUCGCGUGCUCUAGGUCAUGAAACAGUAAUAGCUAGCUCAGAAUAUUCUGAUGCUAUGCAGUCUGAUCAACAUCAUUCUGAUAGUGCAGAUGAUUCGGUUUCAGAUGAUGCUAUGGAACAAUUUCAGAAGUGGUCUUUAAGUGAGCGAAUACUUAAGAAGACUUCCAUUCCAUCAAAGCCUUUGUUGUCUGAAGACGUAAUGCAACUGGAGUCUUUGAAAUGUUUUAAACAGACACAAGAAAUGUUGAAUCCUGAUAAAGAUUAUGCCUCUUCCUCCUGUCAGUUAAACAAACUAGUGCAGGAAAGUAAAAAUAUGCUGUCAGAAAACUAUGCAAGGGAAUCCAGCAUACACAUUUAUCAAGAUCAAUACAAAAAAGCUGACAGCCUGGCUGAAAUGAUGCAAAAGGACCAUAAUAUAAGCAGUUCAACAUCUCUAACCCUCAGUGGGCAAACAACAGAGACACAGCAUCCUGGGUGUGAAAUGCUUCCAGCAUCUCAAAAGCCACCAGAUGUAACUAGCUGUCACAUUAAAAAAGCUUGUAUUCAAACUACUUGGAAAACUUCUUUUAAAAGGAGUGUGUGUCACAACAGAUGUUCUUCCAGUGAAGACAGUGAUGAUGGGAAUAUGAACAAAAAUCUGAUUUAUGAGCAGCAGCAAAGGCAACUGAACCCCGAUCAGUUUAAAAAAUGUUUUUCAAAGAAUAGGAGUAACAUUGUUACUAGCAAAAGAACAAACAGUGACUCAGCCCUUAUAAUUAAAGGGAAGAAGAAAAUUACCAAGUUUAAAAAAGCUGGUAAUAGUUUCUCAUUGCAAGUAUCUCCAAAACCGUCCUCUGCAGGGGAAGUUAAUUGUUCCCAAAGUCCAGAGCAACCCUUUGAGAGGUUGGGUUGUGGUCCCAUGCAGCAAGCCAAAAGUGCUGUUCCGACUUAUGCAUGGGCGGACAGUCCACUUCCCCUGUCUGAAAGACUAAAAGGAAGAAUCAAAAUUGAUUAGGUUCUCCAUAAAAUAGAUUAUGAUAACAAUUAACUCUGAACCUUCAGCUCUUACAGAGUUCUUUCUCAAAGUUUCUGCAGUAUGCUCUAUCAAUUUUAAGUGGACACAGUUUUGAUGAAUAAGAAGUGCUGUGAAAUACUGCAUACUGGAGCUAAAGUUUGAAACUAAAAUGUUAGCAAAAGUACCAAAUAGCUGAUUAUAGGCAAGUGCCAGUUAUUCUGGACUUGAUUAGAUUCUAAACUUGAUACAUAAGUAUCAGGAUAUAUAGUCUACAAGGGAGUGGGGUGGGUAUUUACGAAAUAAGAAGGUUUUUUUCCCAGCCGUUUGUGAGGAUUUUGUGUACGGCUAUUAGUCCUUCUGCUUAUAAAAACAGACUUACUAAAAUAGUGCCUGCACUGCUGUUGGAUAUUCUUAAUAAGACAAAGUGAUACAGCUCUUUCCAACUGAAAUCUUCCAUUCUGCUCCACUAACUUAAUUUUGCUAGUUUUAAAAUGGGUUUUCAAAUCUUGGGAUGCCGGUUGUGUUGACUAUCUCUGGAGGACCAGAUAGAGACACACCGCAGAUGUACCUUGCAGGGUAGCUAAAUUUAUUUUUGCCAUGCCCUAUAAUAAACUGUUCUUUGAGUGUGUGCAUCUUCCAAAGAAUGGAAUAAGCCAUGUAAGGAUAUUCUGGUUUUGUAGCUGUCAUAUCUAAUAUUUAAGGAAAUUUGAUGGCUGUUUUAAUCAAACAUUUAUAGUUAGGGGCAUUUUUUUCUUAAAUGGUAGGAAAUUCCACCUAACACUCACUUCUACUUAUAAUAGAAAGAAGGUUAAGUUACAGAAAAUCAAAAUUUAAUGAUGAUAUUGCAGAUUCUUUGAAUAAUAUCAUGUAAAUGUUUGUUUUUAAGGGGGGAACUUGAAUACAAUUGCAUUUUUGAAGGUGUUCUUCAUACCUCUUUAAUAUAGAAGCAAUGUGUUCAUACAAAAAAAAAAAAAAUUUGUCUUCAAUAGCUUUCAGAAAUGCCUCCUGGCCUGCAUUUAAGCGUUCAUAACUUUUUCUAUGGACCAACCAGAAGGAAGGCCCCUCUUACCAAGAUAGAAUGUUAAGGAUUGAAAUUGGGAAUAUCCAUGCCUUAAUGAAAAUGUCAAUUCUUUCUUCAUAAAGGCCAAGGCUUUAAAAGUUAGGAAGCUAAAUUCCAGAUGUGUUUAAGGAAGAAAUAGGUAGUCUAUAGAUAAUACAGUCUGUAAUUAGCCAAAAAUGGUAGUUUCUUAUUUUCCUAUGUGGGCAGGUGGAGAAAGUUUAUCGUUGAUUUUCCAAAUGAGAAAUGUAUUAUGGAACUGAGUAAAAAAUCCAAAAUAUUGGAAACUUUUCUUCAGUUUUGAAGAUGGUCUCUCUCUUCUGGAGACUCUUAACCACCCAGCUGAUGUGAGAGGGUAGCUAGAAGAAUAGAAUUGCUAAGGAGAAUAAGAGUAGCAGUUACCUGGGGACCAUAAAUGGAGAGGUUCUUUAUGCAGUGGUCAGUAGUGGAGAGAUCAGACCAUUUUUGGAAAAACAUUGUUAUUGGUUAUGUAUGAUUCUUUUCCUUGCUGCUGAUUUUGAAUACUGAAAGUUGGAAUCAAGAGUUUGACUUUUCAUUAAUAAAAAUGUCAACAUCA